AUGUCUUCCGCAGAAGCACAACUCGUCUACCAGCGCGGCAGCGACUUCGCUGAGCCCAUCGAGGCCGCCGAGACGUUCUCCCGCCAGUUCGACCUUUCGCAGCCUGAUAAAGCCAUGGAUGCAUACCAAAAAAUUAUGCACCAACACACCAAGCAACAGUUCGAGAUGGCCAACGCGUCCGAACGACGACGAUCGAAGAACGGCUCGAUGGGUGGGGUCUCGUUGUCGUCCGAGACCAGCAAUGGAUCUGUCAGCUCGACGUCGUCGUGA